AUGAAGUUGAAAAGCGCUUUUCUGGGCUUCAAUGCUGCCCAGCUAAUUACAAUGACAUCAGCUCUGCCAACCGACAUCCGACAAAACAUCCCCCGCGGAACAACAUAUGCAGAAGAUAUGUUCAACACAGCAAUCGAAUGGAAUGAUGGCUUCUGGGAUGAUGAAACAGGAUACUUGAUCGCUGCAGCUAGCAAUCCCGGUCGCUACGAUACUCGACACAGUGGCUGGUAUGCAACUCAAUUGCUAGCUCGAAACGGGCCUGGUGAUGUUGCAAGAGCCGUACGAAUUUUCGACAACGUUAUUUCCGGACAGUAUCUCGAUACAUCUUGGCAGUGGUACGGUGAUUACCAGCAAUCGCCGUCAGAGCCUUUGCCAGGUACUCUUGAAUACGUGAAUGGCGGACCUUAUAGCUCGUGGGAUCCUAAUAUCCGUGAUUUCGUUGGCUGUGCCUGGCUUGUGGCUCUUAAUGAUCAUAGCCAUCUUCUUCCAGCGGAAACAGUUACCAAAAUCGAGAAGUCCCUUCAUACUGCGGCAAAGGGUGAUCUAUACCGCGUUGGUGGAAUCGACGGCGACAAUCUUUACCCAUGUUAUUCAAAUCCAUGGUUGAUGAGGACUAUCUUGCAAAAUUGGGUUGGUACACGUUUGGGUGACAAAAACUUGACUCAAGCAAGUGAGAAAUUCGCUCAAGAAUUCUAUGACCUCUGGAGUCAACACCGUACACUUUCCGAGUUCAACUCUCCAACAUAUACUGGCGUUGCUAUGUGGGCUUUGUCUCUAUGGAGUCAGUAUGCCAGCGAGGACAGCUUAUUAAAAAAAUACGCCCCUGAAGUCUUAACAGCGACCUGGAAUGAGGUCUCUCAACUCUACAAUGCCAACCUCAAAAAUCUUGCUGGUCCAUGGGACCGCACGUAUGGAUACAAUAUGAAAAAGUAUACAUCGCUGAUUGGCGCCGUGAUAUGGGGUGCUGUUGGACGUGAAAAUGCUCCAAUUCCUCAGAAGACAUCUGGCAUGUACCAUGGCGAUGACUUUGCUUUCUAUCCGCUCUUCGCACUCGGCAUGCCAGAGAUGCUGAAGUAUCUAUCUGAGGAAUCAAAAUCGAAACUCAUCAAAUUUCCCGGCGAUCAUUUCUUCGCCACUCAAGCUUAUUCUCCCCCUUUCGACACAUACGCACGAAAUAUAACGACCUGGAUGUCUGAGAACAUCACCAUUGGCGCCGAGACAGUUGCAGAACAUGUCAUUGGUGGACCAGCAGAGAGCACGAGUGCAUUCAGUCCAGCCGUGAUCCAAUGGGCUAUUGAUGAUUAUCAGAUUGGAUGUGUCACCCACUGGGUGACCGAGUCUUCGAUUCAUGCCGUGGCUUCCAACAAUUCGCUGUAUAUCUCCUACCCCAAUGCGACUGCAUCGGAUGGCCCAAUAUCUUUCAACUUUUUAUUCAGUGGACUCGAUAUUAGACAUAAUUUCAAUGUUACUGGAUUGAAAGACUUGCCUAAUUUAUCUUUGGAGGUCAAAACCAACGCCGCUGAUAACUAUACCAUAGUAUACGAUACUGAUCAAACCGUCAACGACUUUAUCUUCUACAACAUCACAUAUACGAUGCCGGACGUUUUCACUGGAGAGCCGUAUCUUUCCCUUCAUGUUGUCUAA